AAAACGCUCAGUCUCGCGGCGCGCCUCGCUCGCAUCGCCCGCUUGCCGCUGCCGCUGUCGCGCGCAUCAUGCCACCACCCAAAGUCAAAGGGAAGGGCGGCGUUCGCGCCAAAAAUAUGGACAAACUUAUAGCCGCGGUGCAGGCUCGAGAAUGUCUCUGGGACAAAAGCUAUAGAGGCCACAGGAAUAGGUUCAAACUGGAGCGGUAUUGGAACGAGGUAGCGGCGGAGGUGGGGACUACAAGUUUAAAUUGCAGAAAGAGAUGGAAGAACCUCAAAGACCAAUGCCGGAAGGAAAUGAAGAAAAACCCGACCGACUCCGAAUGGCCACACUUCCAAAAACUCUCAUUCAUCCACCACCAAUUCCUGGCUGAAGAUGAGGAAGGUGACAACGACACCGCUGACGAAGUCUUCAACGCUCUAGACGAAUCCAUAAAGACUCCAAAACUGGGGUACACGAUGAGAAAGAAACUGCUAAUGAACAAACGAAGGACAAUCGACGUGGACAUGAAUAAGCUGAUAGAGUUGGUCAGGACAAGGGAAAUAAUAUGGAACAGGCAAUUGAAAGGGCACCAUAAUUGGUAUAAACUUGACGAAUCUUGGAAGGAAAUCGCUCUGGAGCUUGGAGUUACCCGUGACGAAGCACGCUUGAAAUGGAAGUACCUUCGCGACCAAGCCAGAAAAGAAGUAAGAAAACAAGAUUCCGAGUGGGAAUUUCUGCCCAAACUACAAUUCUUGACUAACCAGUUCAACGAUUUUGAAACUAACGAAUUAAGGGAUGACGAUGACCAUUUCAGCCAAGAUUACGAUGCUGAUCACGAACAGGCAGCUAGUUAUUACAUGGACCCACCACCCGACGAAGACCACACCAACGUUAGCGUCAAAGAUGAUGAAUUUGAUGAAUUCGAUACAAAACCUGUCAUUAUGGAAACUGAUUUCUAUGACGACGAUGAUGAGGCUCAAAAAAAUGCCAGCAAUGGUCAGGAAUUAGGUGAUGCAGAGACUGUGACGAAGGAUGAAGAUAUAGGCUUCUUCAAUAGUUUGCUUCCACAUGUAAGGAAAUUGAAACCAGCAAAGAAAUUGAUGUUGAGAAUGAAGAUACAGGAGUUAGUUUAUAAUACUGUGUACAGUCAAACUUGAAGUGGCAUAUUUUUAUUUAUUACUCAGAAAAGUUUAGUUUCGGGACUUAUUAAUUUUUAAGCUCAUUGGCAUAUUGUAAUAGAUAGCUAAUAACUUGUACCUUACCUUGAUAUCAUUGGUAGGUUGUAUAAAAUAAGGUACUUUGGAAUAGUAGUUACUCUAGAAUUGUUUGUUGUUCCCAAAUUAUUACAUUUAUUGUGUUGUGUAAGUUUCAAGAUUUGAAUUCAGAACUACUUAAAUAUUGUUGUUUAGUUUACGCGGGAAUCAAUACAAAAUUACAAUAAAGUAUCCAGUUCUGACUUCAAAUUCUGAUACACGAUAAAUUUAAUAAUUGAUGAACAUGGAAAUUGGCAUUCGUUUGUACGAUGUUCUACAUUAUUUAUUCGUAGUACGAUGUUUGUCGAGAGACAUUCGCAAUCAUACAGAAGAAAGAUUGCGAUGAAAAUCCAGUGAAGUAACAAUCAAUGUCAGAGCAUUUCUCUAAAAAUGACGUCAUAUACGUAUAGUAUAGAAGUUAGCAUUUCUUGAGCAGUAUUUGAUUAUUCACAUGUCAUUUGUAUGAUUCAGACGCAAUUUAAUGCUACCCCGUAUGAACUUUGGACAUAACUAGAGGAUAAAGGGUAGCUGAUAAUAAUGCCACGCUUUUGGCGGAGUAUAAUUUUCCAAAGUUUUUGUCUUAUGCUACGUAGCUACACCCCGCACCGAUUCGUAUCGGGUGCCGAUUUCACCCCCUCUAGGUCUUACAUUAGUUCUAACCGCGUGCGAGUGCCUAAACUGUCUGUUUCCCACGCGCUUAAGCGUUAGGCAGCACACGGUAAGAAUGAGAUAUUUAUAUCGAGUGUCCUGAGUGUGCUUAGAAGCUUAGAUAAUCACACCCUUCUGUGGUGUGCCACGGGAAAGACCUAUGUCCAGCAUAGAA